GGCGGUCUGACGCAUCGAGCUCCUCCUUUGGCUGUCCACAGACGAGCGGCGGCUCUCGCGAGACUCAGGUGCUCGCUGCGGGAAGAGACCGAGGGGAAGCUGCGGAUACCGGACCUCAGGCCCGAGAGACUGGACACCGAGCCCAUCGGCUGUGUCUCCCUCUCUGUGCGCACAUGGACCGCUGCGACCUUCGCCCUCUGCCUGCAGCCCUCAUCUUAGGGCUGAUACUAGUUACCUGCGGCCUUCUCCCGGGACUGGCCGACGGCGCUCAGAACGCUGGGUUUGUCAAGUCGCCAAUGUCAGAAACUAAACUAACAGGGGAUGCCUUUGAACUAUACUGUGAUGUGGCUGGGAUCCCCACACCAGAGAUCCAAUGGUGGUAUGCUGAAGUCAACCGGGUUGAGUCUUUCAAACAGCUGUGGGAUGGUGCACGGAAGCGCCGAGUCGCCAUUAACACAGCCUAUGGGACAAAUUGUGUGAGUGUGCUGAGAAUAACUCGUCUGACACUGGAAGAUUCUGGCACCUAUGAGUGCCGGGCAAGCAACGACCCCCGAAGAAAUGACCUGAGACAAAACCCGGCCAUAACAUGGAUCCGAGCCCAGGCCACCGUAAGCGUCCUACAGAAGCCAAAAAUCAAUGCCAGCGAGGAAAUAACUAUAAAGAAAGACAUUGGCACUGUUUCGUUGCAGUGCAACCUUACCCAGAAUGGCCUAGGCACAGUGCAAAGCACCUUCUGGACCAAAAAUGGAGUGGAGAUUUCUGAAACUCUGACACUGUCUCCAACCAGCAAUAACAUGGAGCACAAAAUCUUAAAACCAAAAGCUGACGAUUCAGGAGAAUAUCAAUGUGUAUUUACUUUUGCUGGUUCUCCACCUGUCAACGCUACUAUUGAAGUGAAAGCUGCUCCAGAAAUCACUGGGCACAAAAAGAGCGAAAACAAGAAUGAGGGACAAGAAGCUGUUAUGUAUUGUAAAUGUGUAGGAUAUCCUCACCCAGAAUGGACUUGGCACAAAUUGGUUGAUGAUGUGUUAUUAGAAGUAAAUAAUGAGAGUGGACGAAUCUUUAUCGCUAACAAAGGUAACUACACUGAAUUGAAAAUCAUUAGCCUGGACAUCGUUAAAGACCCUGGAGAAUACCAGUGUAAUGCUACCAAUUCUGUUGGCUCUGUAAAAAGUACCACCAUCUUGCGUGUACGCAGUACCUUGGCUCCAUUGUGGCCUUUCCUUGGCAUUCUGGCAGAGAUAAUCAUCUUGGCGGUCAUUAUUGUGGUGUAUGAAAAGCGCAAAAGACCAGACGAAGUGCCAGACGACGAUGAACCAGCUGGACCUAUGAAGAGUAACUCUACAAACAACCACAAAGAUAAGAACUUGAGGCAACGAAACACAAGCUAAAUAAAUCUGAGAUUUGUGGAUUUGACCAGACAACAAAUUAUCCUUUUAAAGAGCUCACAUUGCUAUGAAAGUCUAUCUUAAGACUUCAAUAUUCCUUUUUUGUGUGUGUUUUUUUUUUUUUCUUCAUGUGACUGAGGGUACAAAACUAUUUUUUUAAAGCAUGCCUUAUAUAGCCUCCAUGGAGACUAAAAACUGAUUGGGUAUUAAGGAGCUUCAAAAAUAGAGUGCAUAUGCAGCUUUGUGUGCUGUGGCUUUUUUUUUUUAAUCACUUAAGAUUAUAUAUAUAUAUAUAUAUAUAUAUAUAUAUAUAUAUAUAUAUAUAUAUAUAUAUAUAUAUAUAUAUAUAUCUUAUUACACACAUACACAAAAUGUAAGCCUUCCAACGGGAUAGUAGAGGCUUGGACAGCAGGUUUAUUUUAUAUAUUUUUAUUAAUUUUUUUCCAUAUUUUUUUUUUUCUGUAUAUUUGGCAUGUAUCUUAAUUGAGCAGAAUGCAUCCAUUGUAAUGAAAGUAUCAUGUAUUUUUUAAAGCUGAGUAUUGGAUGGCUUGUGAAUGUUGUAGCUGCCAUAUGACAGUCAGAUGAAGCAUCGUUUCAAUGACCCUGAACAUUCUAAAAAUUAUUCAAAAAAGUUUCCUCAAGCAUGGAAUAGCUUAUUUUAUAACUCAUACGGUGGCGUCCUAGGGCCUAAUGUAUGUCACAACGAUUCUUGAUUUUUUUUAUAUACAAUAUACAUCUGUCUGCUCUGUUUUGUACUGGAAUAUCAUGCGUUGCUUCACCAAAUGUCCAGUACUUUGUACUGAAGAAGGCUUAACAGGAAUGUUUUGGCUGUAUAGUUACAAAGUAUCAUUAUGGCUUUUUCUCUGAGAAGUUAAAUAUCUAAUGUAAAUGUUAUAAGCAACCAUUCACAGAAGUACUUUUAAGGGGUUGUCCAGGUUCAGAGCUGAACCUGGACAUAACCUCUUCUUCACCAUCUAUGAGUGGAGCAUCAAAGCACUAAUGAGCUGUCUUUAGCGCUGCCCUAGCCUGUAAAACAUUGUAGGGCAGCGCUAAAGGCCACCUAUUUGUGCCGGUGACAUCACCGGGCUCACUUCUAAGUCGAAGUCUCUGCCUAGCAUACCCAUGUGAAGCCUGGUAUGUCACUGGUAGUAAAGAAGAAGCACUUGUACAUGGUAAAUAAGUGAAGAGGAGGUUAUGUCCGGGCUCAGCUCUGAACCAGGACAACCCAUUUAAGGCCUAGCGUAACUGGAUGACAAACUGAUUUGACUUAGUGCAAAUAUUUAAAAUGACCUGCUAAAGAUAAGAGACCAUAUUGAAAAAUUAGGUGGGAUGCUUUAUAAGUGAACAUUGGUUCAAUCAUGUAUAUUCUUCAAUCCUUUUGCACUGUUAUGUCAAAAUGUACAUUCAUGCAGGCAGACUUUUUAUAAGUUAUAUAUAUAUUUUUUCUUUGGGGUUUUUGUUUAAUUUGGGUUAUUUAAUGAGAUUUUACAUUUGUUCUUUAAAGCAUGGUUCUAUUCUAUGCAACUAGAUGUAAAUGUGUCAGUAUAUCAAAUAUGUAAUAUCUCUUACUGGGCAGAGGGGUGGGGGAAUGUUCUAGUUGCAUGAGCCCAUGGAUUGUGCAAUUGAAGUGUAAUAAUGUGUGUGGAAAAUACACUUGUUGAUACAAUAUAAACAAACUAAAACAGGAA